CAAAGAGCUCCCAUCCAAGACCUAUAACUUAAUAUUGUCUUAAUAUCUGCCGCUCAAUCUAGCAAAAUUCGUCAUUACUGUUUGUGCCAAUGUCUUUAAAGCAGCUACGCAUUGGCGUUUUCAUGCCCUCGAGCGUGCAACUACUCGAUCUGGCAACUGUCGAUGUUCUCGCCUCAAUGUCCAAGGAAUACCUUCGCCUCCUUCCUCUCCCCGCACACAUUAGUGAAAUAGCACCAAGCACCAAGAUAACCUAUAUCACAUCGCCGAAGCUCUUCCCAGCCGUAAACUUAACAGCAGAUCUAUCCGUUCGUGCAUCACACACAUACGAAGAUGACGACGUUGCUCCUGGCAAACUUGACAUUAUCGUCGUGCCUGGUACAGAUCCAGCGGACAAAUUUGAAGAGGCUUCGACGAAGUGGCUAAGAGACCAUUUCAACACCGUGGGCGUUGAUGUGUUAUGCGUUUGUACUGGUGUUUAUCUGUGUGGUGCCGCAGGUAUUCUCGACGGCCGCCGGGUAAGUGGCCCCAGAGGGCUUCAAGAUGAAUUAAUCCAAAAAUACCCAAACGCGCGUUUCGUGGGAGAGGAGUAUCGGUGGAUUCAGGAUGGUAACCUUUGGUCAAGUGGGGGGAUAACCAACGGCAACGAUCUCAUGGCUGCGUAUGCUCAGGCACAAAACAAAUAUUGGCCAAACUCGAUCUCUAAGCUGGGUGCAAUGUUGGUCGAUGUAGGCGAUCGACCUCAGAUAUAUCAUCAGGGCCAGCGCAAGUUCUUUAUAGUAUUCGCAUGGCAAAUUGUCCGGGGCUGGCUUUUCAGCGUGGUACCUUUUGGGAAGGGCAUGCUCAAGGUUAAGAAGGAUUGUUAAGUAGUGGCGAAAAUGCAUCCAUUGUAUCUCACUGUAACUCACCUUAACUCAUAAUCCGUCAAUGCAACACCCAGCUCUUUGGCACCCCACUGAGCGCAGAACCAUGCUGUUGAAAUCAAUGUGUAACAACGGUGUUCGAUUUUUAUAAAUUGUUGAAUCUUCAGCUC